AAUGUCAGGGAAAACAAGAGAUUACUUUGGCACACUGAAAUCUGUAAAUAAUUCAAUUUAGUUUAGGCUGGGAGAACUGUCUUAAAGGAAGAAAGUGCGAGUGACUGUAUACAACCUGUUUAAAACUAAGUAAAUUUAGUCAGUUACAUAGGUCCCUGAAACUCCUCCUCACAUAAAGAAAUAUCGUAAAUCUUAUAAACAUCAACAUGGUUGUGCUAUUGUAAAUAUAAUUAAUCAAAUUUAGUUACAUCCAGGACUUGUAGAUGCUCCAAAGCCCUAAGGUAAUUGGCUUUAUGGAAAAAAGACUGAUCCAUCUGAUAAAGCAGGAGAUCUAUUUAAAUAAUAGCCUGAAGGAAUUAAAGAAUUGAUCAAUGAAAUAAAUGAACAAAAAUAUGCCUCUCAUAUUAAAGAGCCAUUAGGUACUAUGCCCACAAGAAAUUAUAAUUGGCCUGAAGAAUCUAAAUCAGAUGGUUUUGCUUUUGGUUAAAAGAUACCACCUUCUGAAUUCACAGCCAAAGAAGUUGUGUUUCCACCUGAUGCCAAAAGAGAUGAAGAAAGUGUUAGAUUAAUGUAUUUGAAAAGUCAUGGAAAUUUUGAAGCAGGAGAAUAAAAAAAUAGAGAAUAUAAGUGGAAUGUCAAUCCAAAUGAAUAUCGAUUUGGUAAAAAAGAUGAAAGAGAGUAAGAAUAAAUGAAAAAGAUUUUACAACAUGAAUUAACACAAAAUUAAUAUCCUAAAACAACUAUUAUUUCAAAGCAUUAGGAAGAUUGGAAGAAUUAUAACGAAGAUCCUCUUGGUAAGCCUAAAAAUCUAGCUUAAAUUAAUUCUAGAAUGCCAGCAAUAUUUGGAGAAACAAAAAAAGAUGAAUAAUGGACAGCUGGAUAAUGCAUUAAUGGUUAGCCUACAUAAAAAGAAGUUUAGCCAGAUAUUGAUUUGGGCAAAGCAACAAAGUUUGGUUUUAGAAAUUAAACAAAAUAAGGAGAUGAAACAAGAGCAUUUGGAGUUCCUACAAUCAGAAAUGAUAUUGUUAAAACUGGAAUGAAAUCUGUUGCAGAUCCUUAAAAUUAUGGUGAUGAAGUUCCAGCAGUUGCAUUAUUAUUUCCAGAAAAGUUUUCACAUAUGGGAUUAACUGAAUAGGAUUUUUUAAUGUUAAGAAAUAAAAAAGAUAUUAAAUAAAUAUUUGAAUCUAUAGGAAUUAAGUAUGGUAUUGGAAAAUUUGAAGGUGUAUUCAAAAGAGCAAAAGAAAUUGUAAAUUAUUAAUUUUAUAAUGUUAGCAAAAUACUUUUGAUGAUAAAGUAUCAGUCAAAGCAUUUUAAUUGGCUGUUUAAGAAAUGCAUCAUAUUGAUUGA